GAAAUGCUAUUGAUAUAGAAAAUAUUACAAUGAUGAUUCAUGAAGCUCUUAUUAAUAUGAAUAAUAUUGAUGAAAAUUUAGAAGACAAUUACAAGUUUUAUAUUGAAAUAGCAAUGCAUUUAAGUAAAUUAAUUGAUGAAAUUCUAUUAGAAAUUGUGCAAGAUCAAUAUGUACAAUAUCUUAUAAGUAAAAUUGUUAAGCUUAUUGAGCAGUAA